UCCGGGAUAAACAAGGGCAUGUGUUAAAUAACUAUCCUUGUGUUAGUCUGUGUCUGUUUCUUUCUCUUCGCAGCUUUACGCUUGUCACUUUGUUAGAAAACAGAACAGCUCUGAGGAGUUACAGUCUUAGCAAGUGGUGUCAUGGCGGUUUCUGCUCAUGUUUCUAAAGUGCGCUCCCUGUACAAGAGGAUUCUGGUCCUUCAUCGGUUCCUGCCCAUAGACCUCCGAGCUCUGGGGGACCAGUAUGUGAAAGACGAGUUCAGAAGACACAAAAGUGCUUCUCCUGAAGAGAUCAAGAGCUUCAUGACAGAGUGGGAGAACUACAAGGAAACCCUGCAGUCUCAGGUCCUGGAGUCAGCAGGGAGGGGACUCAGCUCUGUCAAAUUCGGGGCCGAACUCUCAGAGAAAAGUCUCAACGACUUUCAGGAGGAGCAGAUCGGCCAACUGUACGAACUCAUGCUGGAAUCCACCAAACCGAACAGACAGUUUGACAUCCAGGAGGAGAGAAAGUGAAGCAGAACUGUACUGGGAAAAUAAAAACAGACCUGUGGUGCCGUUUGAAUCAGAUCAUUAAUUUAUUACCUCAAAGUGCUGCAGUUGGAGAGUGGGUCUCAAGAGGAAGCUUUUAAGGAUGUUUGAUUCUAUAAAAGUGCUGUGUGUUAUCUUUCUGCUCGUUUCUUUAAUGUGACAGUAAAAAGUUGUUCUUCAUGCUGCUCUGUGGGAACAUUAAGUUACCACUGAGGACAUUUUUUUCUCAUUUUUCUUCGCACAAGUACAACCUUGAGCUCAAGGAAAUACACAGAGAAAUACAUUGCAUAAAUGAUGUGUUUUGGGCUGCCAUAAGCACUAGCUGCCAGCCAAAUAGCAAACUAGUCACUCAGUUACAGCAGUCUACUUUUUCUUGUAGAUUUAAUAAAAUGAUUUGACCAACCA